UGGAAUAUUUAUCUUCCUUGCCACAAUCCGUUUUAGUAGAUCUCAUACUUUUGGCUGAACAUAUGCAACCAGGUCUCCCAUUGUAUCCGGCGAAUGUUUUACAAAAAUAUUUUCACAUGAAUGAUUCAAAGCAAGAUGAAUUUCAAACAAAACCAGAAUUGGCAACUCCCUCAACCGAAAUGGAUAUUAUGGAAUUGUCGAUACCGACCAAUAAUGAUACUGAUCGAUCUUCUUCUCAAUUCAAAGAAACUCCUGAAAUAAUGUCCCCAGUUUCUAUUGAUGUUAGCAUGAAUGCUGAUGAAUUUCUCAUUUAUUCAAAUAUGAUAAUAAGAGCCAUCUCUUCAAUUACUCAACCAAAUGGUAAUACUGCCCAAACGAUUUACAAUUGGAUAAAAGGAAAUUAUUCUGUGCCUGUGAACUUUCAGCAUACUGCUAAAAAGUAUCUUUCCGACAUGCUUUCAAAAGGAAUUUUAGUCAAAACUUCAAAAGCACACUAUAAACUAAAUCCCGCUUAUAAUCAUGCACCUGUAAAACUAAACUGUGAUGAUCUAUUCAAACCUUUAAACACUAAAAUUCUACAAAGUCCGAGUCAUAAUGGUCAAUCCCCUCGAAAAAGCUUAAAUAACCCAAAUGAUCCUGCGUUAUUAUUAUCCAAUACCUCAAAUGGUCAAGUAAAUCAAGAAUCUUUUCAACAAUCCAUAAGUUUUAAUUGUCAAUUAGAUAAAGGAUUGUCUCAACAGUCCAUAAAUUUCAUCGGGCAAGCAAAUCAAAUAUCAUUCCAUCAAAAAAAUUUGAUUGAAAAAACAAAUCAAGUAUCGCCACAUCAAUCAAAAGAUUUAGCUUUGCAAUCAGCUCAAGUAUCAAUCCAACAAUCUAAAAGUCCUUUACAACAACAUAUAACUCGGACAUUGUCUAAUUUGCCGGAUCAUGCUUC